GUUACUGCUAGUAGCUGCUUUGGAUUCAUGUAUCCUCAGAAGUGCCAGGAUACUGCGUUGCUUCCUAUCCUUCCUCCUGCUCUUUGAAGAGAUGUUUCGCUGGACUGGUCACCCCUCCCCAAGCCUGUCUCAGAAUGUUUGCAGCCCAUUGCCCUGAUUCUCAACCAUUGCACCAAUAUAUCUGGUUUUGACGUUCCAAUGUAAUUAUGUAGUUAUACUUAUGUAAUGCCAUGUUUAUGUGAUGCUAUGCUACCACAGCAAUUAAUACAAUGCACCCUAAAUAGUAAUUAGAUGUUGCAGUACAUUUUGGGAUUGGUACAUUGCAGGAGUCAUUGUGCCAUCAAAACUGCUAGCACCAGAACUCAUUUUCUUGAUUAUGGUUGAUAUGGGAUUUUUGUCUUCUAUUUCUUGCUAUAUAAAUGUUUAAGAAUUGAAGUAACUUGUGGAUAAUGGACAAUAUUUCUAAUUUUUGUGUCAAUUUGAGAGAGACUUGAUAACUUGGUGUUAAAUUCAGGUGGAGAAGACUUUGACAUUCCUGAUCUUCAUGGAUAAAAGCACUUAAGAGCUGUAAUGUGAAUUCAGCAGUAAUAAACUUCCUCAGUAUCUCUUUAAUUUUGGAUUAUAAUCACCCCAUACUGAUCUGAACAGUAUUUCAAUAUACACUGGGUAGGGUAUAAGUUCAUCAAGCUUUUCCAGUCUUCUGAAAGUGAACUGUUUGCUUCCAACACAUAUUGUUGUUCCACUCCAAGAAUCUGUUUAAUUCUUCUGUAUAGUAAAAAUUGCUGAAAUUCUGUAGAAUAUCUACAAAUAUUCUGUAGCAUAUCUACACCUUUUCAGAAAUAUUUCAGAAAUAUAUUCUGCAUAUAUGUAUGCAGGCAAAGCCAAAUCAAUAUUGCCAAGUUGUACAUAUCAGAAUGUGGAAAUAGGUCACAAGGGUCUGCUGUUUUACUCUAAUAACACAUAUUGGAACAGAUAAUCACAACAGCUUCCCAGUAGGAGUACUGAGAAUGAGAGAAAGUACUCCUCUCAUGCACAUUUGUGACAAAAUAUAUUUUAAUACCAGUGUCUGAAAAACUAAGAGGUAGAACCCCAUCAACGACUCUGUAAGGCAGGGAUGGACAGCAUGUGACCCUCCAGAUAGUUUUGGACUGCAGCUACAACAAUGUUUCUGUGUUGGCUGGGUUGAAGACCAUCUUUUCAGUCCCUUCUGCUGAACCUGAUCUGUGUACACACACACACACACACACACACACGAUCUUUGUUGCAGUUGCACAUAAGCAAGUCCUAAUAUGUUGAUUCCUGAACUAUAUGCAGUUAGCCUACUAUUAGAUAGUAAGGUGGCUACCUCAGUCAGCUGAUCUCGAUUAUUUUGAUCACAAAAGAUCAGCAAAUAUGUUAUUAUUGUAUUUAUUCCACUGGAGGGGGUGCUUGUAGGAUUUUGUCCCUCAAGUAUAGAAAUGUUUUAAUAAAAUAAAUAAAAUAAAUAAGUGCUGGACCAUCCCACAGUACUGUGUAUCUUGAAUUGCAAGGAUGUGCAGGUGCGGUAAGGUGCCAUUUGCUGUAGCUGAUCAGGCAUCAAAUUGUCUUGGGCUAGCACUGAUUACGUAUGCAUAAGCUUGUACGUUUAUGGUCAGUUCUGUUGCAUGAACUUUAUGUACUUUCUUUUCAGAGGGCUUCAGUUUGAAAAUUCUUUCAUUUUAAAAGGAGAUGCUGACUAUUCUGUUGCUAGCUCAAGAGGAGAAUAAAAUCAACGAACUAUCAUUUAUAAGGUCAUAUUGUUUUAUAGAGGAAUACCUGUCAUUGUGUUAAUAUAUGAGUAACCAAUGAUAACAAUGCCAUUUUCUUUCAUUCAAAUAAAGGGUGCAAUCUUCAAUGCCUUUUAUUUCUGGAUAGUUAUAUAUAGAUAUUUGCUGAUUAAAAUGGGUUUUGGGGGAUGUUUAAUCAAAUGGAACUUGCCUUUGGUAAUGGGAGUGUAGUCAGGUUUUACAUGUGAUUAUUGAAAAGGAUCUGAACUACAGAGGAAAAAGCAUCUGGGAAAAGGAGCAUGCAGAAGAAACAAGAUGUCAUGGAAAACAUGGAGACCUGAGGGAAGCAGAUUACAGACAGCUUACUUGAAAUAAAAAAUAAUAUGUGUCAGAAGUAGCACUGAGUUCUUUAAAUGUUGCUGUGAAAAAUAAAUAAAUAAUUCCUUUCUAGCUCUGAGAUGAGUCACAUAUAUCAACCAUAGACUUAAGAAAUUUAGGCCAUCCUCUGUUCAAUCACUGUUUUUAGCUGAGCUCAAGUUCUGUUUUCUUUUUUGUUUGACUGCUGCUGAAGCUUUUAAAAUUUUUGUUUUGAUUUUUUUAAUGGCAUCCCAUCCCUUUCUCUAACAUGUGGUACUAAUAUCUUAUUGGCCAGUGCUAAAAUUAUUUUAAGACAUUUUCCCUUUUCAUGGAUGAAAAGUUCUUUCUCUUUUUUCGUUACCCUUUUGCUUUUCUGAAGAAAGGAAGCUCAGCUGGGAUACUCUCAGAAGUAUUUCACAUUGGAAUUGGAUGAAAAAGAACAUUUUAUCUCCCCAUUUCCUCUUCAGUAUGAAAAAUUCAUUUGGGGUGAUCAUAUCUUACAUAUUCAGAUACAACAACAUUUGAAUUUUCUUUGUUCUUUUGUCUUCAAGAGGAGAAACUUGGCAUAGGAUCAAAAGGUGUCCUUGUUUUCACUUUUUCUUUUCUUUUCCAUAUGGACUUGUGUUGUCAACUUCAAUAUAACUGUAGUUUCUUUUUGAAAGAUGCCAGGCUUUUUUCUGAUAUGCCUCUGUUGAAUUUGAUGAUUUUCCUUAUAAUAAUUUCCAAUAUUACAGUGGACACUUUGGUAUGUUUAAAGCAGCAUGUAACAGUCUAUCAGAUGGGCAUUGUAAAAUAUCGCAGAACUAUUGAUUUUAGUGUCUUCUGCCCUUCAUGUUCUAUAACUUGGGAAGGAACAAAUGAAGUUAACAUACCUCAUCUUACAUAACAUCUUGCACAAAUGGAAUCUUGAGAACUGCUGUUACUGCUUUGAAUUCUUGGGUAGUGCCUUUAUAGAACAGAACUGGAGGCUAUUUUCCUUGUUGUUAUUAUUUGAUACCCAUCCCAAUAUAGUGAAAGGAUCUUUCCACCUUACCAUAUUACACAGUGUACUGUGUACUGGUUCCCCCGCCCUCCAAAACAGAAUUCAUUGGUUAGCUGUAGCUUUUGACCUCACACUGGUAAGAUGUAACCUGUUGUUCCUUGUGUUAUGCCCAAGGCCAUCAUACAACAAGUAAUGCCUGAGCUAGGAGAGCUGAAAUGGAUCUUUAGAAAGAUCCUUUUGUGUGUUUCUCAAAUAUCUGCCCUUUCAUCCCCAGUGUGUGCAUUCAUUUCUAUGAUUUAACUUCCACUCUUCAAAAUCCAUUUCCUUUGAAAGCUUUUGUUACACAGUUGAGCCGUGUUUAGCUGUAAUGCUAGCCAUGGUUUAGCAUUAUGAGAGCAAGCCUAGCUUUCUCCCUGGCUCCCAUAUUCCCCUUUCUCCAAAGUGAACAGAACUUGGUUAGAAGUGUCUCUUAGUUUCUUCACAGUUUAGCAUGCCAUCCAAAACCUAAACAGUACUUUAUCAUAACAGAAGUAAAUCAGCUUCAUAAACUUGUACUUGAAGUCAGCUUGUUUCCAAUAACCCACAGUAUGAUUAUGCACAGUUCGUCUGGUUUGGACAGCCAUGCUGAAGGAGAAGGAAGGGUGUCGCGGCCAUCAGAGGCUAAGUUUAUUCUUGUAACACUUAAAUGUGGUUUAGUCUUAUGCCUGAAACAGGUCUUUGUGUUAUAAAAUCAUUACUUCAUUCUUACAGACAGUAUUUUGGUGAUCUGAAACUACAUUACUAGCUGGAGGACAUUUAAUUACAAAUGCUGCAAGCACUCUGAACAGUUAACCACAAUAUUAAACACAUCACUUUUCCUUUUGAAUUUCAACAUAACAAUAUGUAUGAGAAAUGCUGCUUUUGUGUUCAGAAUGAAAGGGGAGAGAAGCUAUUUACAUGCAGCAAUCAUAACUUUCUAAAAGGUAUUUUUUGAUGUGGGUGGAUUGAUUCCAUCAUUUCAGUUUUUAAAUUUUCAUAGUCUAUCUGUUGAUCUGUCAAUCAGUCAAUCUGUUGAUUUCAUAGUCAAUCUUUCAUAUUCAGUCUGUUGAUUUCAUAGUCAAUCUGUUGAUCUGUCAAUCUAUGAGGCCCCUUCUGAGUGAGCGGGGCCGGCUGGUGCCGGAUGUCAGACUAGAUGGCCUGGGAGACCCCUUCUGACUCGCUCUGUUUCUAUGUUUCUAUGUUGUCUAGCCAUUUCAAAACAUUUAUAUUCACAGUAUAAAAGCCAUUGUGAGAAAAUGCAGCAAAACACUCUAAUUAUAGGCUGCCUUGCUUUGCAGAUCAUGGUAUGUGAUGGGAAAAAGAGGACAAGAAUAGAAAGUAUGCAUUAUACCUUAGCUUAAAUACAUAUUUUCUCUAUUUGUGUUACUGAGGUAAUUAAGGAGAAGUAAGGAACAUUUAGGUAAAUGUUCAUUUAUCUGUGUGUUGCAGCUAUGCAAACAUUUGCUAGGCAACAGGAAAGCCUGCAAUAGCCUUCAGGAUAGCUGUGUUCAUAGUUAACUCUUCCCUUUCUAUUCCAAACCCCUGUCCUCCUUCUUUAUUCUUUGUCCCUCUGCCUUGUGGGGGGAUCUAAGUUUGUUAAUACUGUGAUACUAUUCAUUAUCGUAUUCCGCCUUAGUGCUGAAUAAGUAAAAAGAAUGAAAAACAGCAGGGUAAUACUAUCCUGGACAUUAUCUAAAUAAGGCAUAUGAAGUGGCAUUGAUGGCUGUAUGGUUCAUCUGCUGUAUACGGGUUUGUUUUCUUAAAGACGACCCACAUGGCAGAUCCUCACUUGGGCCCAAGAACUUGCAUGAUGAACAAGAAGUGUGGCGACAUGGCCAGUGGGCAUCUCGAAAUGUCUGCCGUGCUCUCGUUCCAUUUUACCUUAAUUCCUAAUCGAUGGACUGUUUGCCAUGUUGGCCCUGUGCCUGCUACUACCUGCAGCCUGGUUGGGCCCAUGGGGGAACACACUGGCGGUCAUUCCCAGGGUAUGCCAGUGGGAUGCUUGCAGGUUGUUUAGAACUAGUAUAAAUGAAUCUUGGAUGCGUGCUCAAACUCAUUUCUACACUGCACCGUAGUUUGAUGCAGCCCACACAAUAUCUUGGGUGGCUUGACCUUCUCAGCUUCAUUUUUAAAAGGGUAAAUCUUUUUAUUUUUUCUGUACUCUGGUAUACUUAUCCCCGCCCCUCAGUUUGAUGAUCACUUUAUACAUCUGGCAAAGUGGGUUCUGGCCCAUAAAAGCUCAAGCCACAAUAACAUUGUUUAGUCUUUUAAAGUCUCAAAAUAAUGUUUAUUGUUUUUUCUGGAAUAAAACAUAUUCUGCUUAUGAGGGCACAAACUGUCCUGUCUAAUGCAGCUCAAGUUUUCCAAAGGAUCUGAUCAAAAGCAAAUCAGAAGCACAAGGAUGAAGUAGAUUCCAGUCCAAUGAAACAGGACUGCAAAUUCAGGCCAGACAUGGGUGGAUUUGUUAGGACCCUGGACAGAUCUAUGCUAGCUGGCGCUCACUAAGGAAAAUCUGUUGUCUCAGUGUUAUGCAAAGGUCUUCUAAAACUUUUUGAAGGUAGCCUUCUGUUAAUUCCACGCCCUCUGAGGAACUAUCUUCCUCUUAAAGGGUUUUUGCCUGAUUAUGGAAUCAUGGGAUGGGGAGCGGUGAGGACUGUAUUGUGGUGGUAUUGUGGAGAUUUCCGUUAGGCUGGGGUUUUAGUUCAGUUGUUCCCAGUCUGGUGCGCUUCAUAUGCUUUGAACUAUAAUUCCUAACCAUUGUCUGGGAGGUAAUGGGAGUUGGAUUAAAAUACCUGAACGACAUUACACUGGAGAUGCCUGGUCUAGUUGAUCUAGCAGGAUGGGUUUGGUGCUGUCCAUCAUUUCCCCAUAUUUCCGGCAAUGUAAACAGAGUUACCUUAAACUACUGGCAUAUACUAAUAUAUCAAUAUUGUAUUUGGUUUCAGAUGCACCAAACAUAUUGGAAUGAAAAUUUAUGAUAAGACAAACAUUUCUUUUUGCACCACAUGUUUCUUCCAGUGAUCGGAGUUUUCAACUACCUGCAAGGAUUGUUAUUUUCCCUAGGAUUAAAAUGUAUACAUGGAGUCUUUCAUCUGAGGUUGUUCAGUUUGAAUCUUUCUUCCCCUUGUGUCUCUGUCCCACUCAGUCAGCUACUAGUUUAAGAAUUUAAAAAAGCAUGUCAAAUGUUUACGGAAUUUAGUGUCCUGUAUAAUUUGUGGCCUUAACAUGUCAGGGAAAAGGGUACAUUAGUUUCUCCUCCUCCUGUGCAACAACCACAUAUGAAUGAAUUAUAUUUUUCUAGGAUGGGGAAAACCAUCCCAGCUAAUACAUAUCAAUCUAAUCAUGAUUGAGGAGUGAAGAGUGUGGGAAAAAUGUAGAGGAAAUUGCAACUGUCUUAAGUAAUACCGUGAACCAAGUUGAAAGUAUUUGAAUGUGUGGGCAGUUGAAACAGAGGUGGGGGGGGGCAAAGAAUGUCAAUAGACUGGAUUGCUUCAAGGUGGUGGGCUCCCAUCCUAAGGAAAAAGGAAGUGCUUUUAUAGGGCUGAGCAUUUAAAGAUGGAAAAUCUGAGGGUUCUUGCUUGAAGGGGAUUCCAGAAAACUUCACAAAAAUAGCCUGUUUGUCAGAUCCUUUGUAACUAACAGCAUCUGUACACUGUGGCUAUCAUCCAAAGGAUCUGUGGAGCUCUUUACACACAUGAUUUCCUGCUCUGUACUGUGAGAAAGAAAACGGUGCAGAGGACUGCUGACUCUGCUAAGGAUUGUAAAUGCAUGGUUUGCUUAGAACUCUAUAGCAGCCGUUAGAAAAGUAGAUUGUUGGCGUAGACUGUUGGCGCUGAACUGCUGUAAGCUAUAGUAAACAAGUCUUGAAUGUUAGCUUUGUGUGAAUGAGCGGUUUAGGACCAGGCCAUAGAUUGUAGGAUAGCUUAACCUCAUGGGGCUGAAAUACACAGAUGUUACAGUCAGGUGCAGGGAGUAAAGAAGUUUGAGUAUUUAGUUUAAUCUCCAGUUGGGGUUGUAGGCAUUGAAAAAUGAUGUGCCAUUAUGAAAAUCUGACUGGACAUCUAUCAAAUCAUGAAGUAUUUUGUGAAAUGUUAAGUUACUUACAAGUGAUGCCAGCUUUAUUUAUAAUUGUUAUAUGGAAGCUGGGGAAGAGUCCCAUGAUUAACUAGGGAAAAGCGUGUAUUGGAAUGAAAUAGUAAACAUGUGAAAAUCUGUUUGGAAGAGGGGGCUGGACUAGUCAGUUGUGUUUUAUAAGCUGUGUUGACAAUAAGUACUAGCUUGCGAAUGCCCAGCCAUCAAAUAUGCUGCUAAAGAAAUAAUAUACAAAGUCAUUGGACUAAAUUGCAGGUACUUUUAUAAUAGCUGCAUGUUUCUUAGAAAUAGAAUGACUGCAAGAGGAAACUUCAAUAUCUAAUUGAAAAUGUCCUACUACAGAGAAAUACCUUAAAAUGGCUUUACUGUUAGGGGCUGUGCUGUUAAAUUAUCACAUUUGAUCACAUUAAGCUCAAAUCUAAACAAAGAGCCAAGUGUAAGCCCUCUUCUUAUUAUUAGCCACUGUGGCAAGGCUAGGGGGAAAAAGGCUGGUUGCCUUGGCAUCUAAAAUUUGAUACUGGCACCGAGGAAUUUGAAAUAUUUAUUCAGCCACAUGAAGGAUGUUUUGGGGAUUAAUUAGCUUUCAAAAUGCAUGUAGCUCAGUUGUGCAACAAAUGACCCUCGUUUCUGAUGGGCAGAAUGCAAACAUCAAGCAAGCAAGCGUUGUUAGAGUGUCUAUAAUAUAAAUGCGAAUAGUCCCAGACACUGAGUGGGGCAUGGAUCAUUCAUGUUUCUUGUUAGUUGCUUUUCAUGCUGAAUGUCCACUUGAAGAAAAUGGGGAAGAAGAAAGGGCAACCAUCACUACUUCUGAAGCUGAUUAGGAACCUUUAAAAAGAGUUUUCAAGCAAUUUUCCUUUGAAGCCAGUUUACUGAGUUUAGUCCUUCCUCACAUGCUAAUCACUAUUCUUUGAAACCCAGAUAAAAGUGUAGUCCUCACUGUGAAUAGUUUUGGUUUACCAUUAACAAACCUCAGUUAUCCAUUUUUUAAAAUUCUCUGGCUUAAGUGAGAUGGAAACAACUCUAUCCCAUUUGUCCUAGUAUCUUUUUGUGAAUUCUGUCAAUAAUAGCAAUGGAAACUCCUUAUGUAACAGUGAUGAUGACAUCAAGGUGUACCUCAGCUGUUGGGUCAUUUGCGCUGAAACAGCCUAUUGCCUAGUCCAGGGAGUCUCUUGUUUUCUUUCAUUAAAAGGAAAUCGUUGACCUUCCCAUUCAUUUAUUUCCUGCUCUAAAGUAGUGGACUACAAAAAACGUUGCCAUGAAUUUGACAGUUAGAAAAUAAGUGUUGGAGGCUGCAUUUCUUUGUGGAAAUCUGUGUGUGCAUUAAUCAGCAUUACUUUAAGGAGAAGAUAAUGCUGGAUUAUUCUGGUAGGUUAAGGCAUACCCCUCUGAGCAUAUCAGUAGCAUAUCACAAAAAGUCUGCUUGAUUUAGACAUGUGGAAAUGAUUUAUUAGAAAUAGGAAUUAGUAUUGGAGCUGUUGAAGACUUUUGACUAUGUAAUUUGGGAGGCUUCAUAUUUCCAGUGCUUUUGUGAAGUCCUACUGUCAGGAAGCUUAAUGAGAAGCACUUUAACUGAGUUGCCCGAUAUUUGUUAUUGGAAAAAGUGUGCUUUGCUGUGGAGGAUAACAGCCCUGCCCCUUGAUUACUCUAACUACCACCCCCACUAAGGCAAGAAUCUUGCAAAAAUCUUGUACAAAAUAUAUCUGGAAGCAAAUUUUACUGAAUCUCAUGGGACCCACAUAUAAAUAGACUUGUAUAAGAUUGCACAUGAUAUAGCAUUGCGCAACAAAUUGUCAUUUUACUUCAACCUCACUUCCUCUAGCUUGCUUUGCACGUAGGUUUUUAAAACAGCUCCUGAGAAAACUCUGCUCCAUAGGAUUAGUCAGAGUGCUCAAUCCUCUCUGCAGCUUCUGAAUGUGGAAGCUUUUACAUGGUGGUUUUGUUAUUCUUUUUCUUUUUAAUAAUGGGUGGGGAUAUUAGUCAGAGGUGAGUCAGAAUUAGAUAGUGAUCCAUUUAGGAAAUUAAUUUUCUCCUUCCUAAAUUGGAGGGAAUGUGUCUUUUCCAGAGUUUAAAGUCCAGACUCCUUUUAUCAUUUUUCAAUUCAGUGAACACUUUCCAAAUUACUUGGUACUGUACGUGCUCACUCAAAAGUGUUAAAACAGUUUGCUAAGAACUUGACAGUGUUGAAUUCUGUAUGGAAAAAUGAGACUGCCUGAAGGUGUUUACUAGUAGAUUAGGGAAAAAAUCCUCAAAAUGACAAGUAUUUCUUUUAAUAUAGAAAUGUGUAAUAUAAGCACCAUAUCUGACUGUGGCUUGUUGAACCAGAAACAAAUAAUGGUUGCUGUUAACUGUAGUGUUGGCCCAAAUAACUAACUUCAUGCCAUGGUUUAUGAUCCUGGCUUGUUUGAAUAAACUGUCCACAGUUCCUGGUUCAGAGAAACUGCAGUUACUUAAAUAUUAGCAAACGCUUCUCUUCUCCUUAGAGAUGUGUGAGGGGAAUGAGGAACAGGCUUAGACCUGCAGUGUUGUAGUUUCUUAUAGUCCUUGGCCUGGUUUGGACAAUCACAUAUUUGCUCAGCGAACUGUGAUACAUGCAAGUCUUUGCAUAUCUCACCUUUGCUUAUCCCUUUGUGGCAUGAACAAUCAAACCAGGAAGCAUUCCUGAAGAAGGUGCAAUGAGUAGAAGUGCCUUAAUUUGGAAGGUGGCCAUACUUGGUAUAGAAACUUGGCCAGUCUCCCACUGAACAUCGCAGAUUGUUCAAUGGGAGUCAUUGGAGGUUCCAAAGAGGAGAAGGAGUGGGGCAUGUGGAGCUUUCAAAGCUCCUUCAACCAGGCCUAGUGAUGUUUCUCCAGCUGAGUAGGAGGUUCAGCUUAUUUUGGAAGGAGUGGAGAAGCAUUUUCAGGAGGGGAGUUGGUAGACCCAAUUUUUAACCUGGUGAGGAGGUGUCAGGACAAAUGAGCUCCUCAGUUGGAGGGGCUUUGCUUUUCUUGUCCUCUUGCCCUCAAGCAGCAACAGCCACUCUGAGGGUCAAACCAGAACCUUUGCUUAAUGGGAGGGACCCAGGGGAAGUUUCCAGUUUGGAUUCAGUCCUUUACAUGAGCGGAAGCUUCUUUUUUCAGCCUGGGUUGAAAGCUAUUUAGACCUCAAACUGUUCUGUUAUCUGUGGAAUCUAAAUAAAGGAACUGCAUUUUCAAGGGAUUGUCUUGAGUUUUGGAACCUGAGGUAAGGGACCAGUCCAUAACACUUGGGUUGAGGUACUGACAUUAAAACCAGUUCACAAGAGAACCAAGAUGAGGGAAAACGUUCAUGCUGCCUGGUUAUUGGAGUAUUCAAUGUAACAUGAGCAUAGUGCACAAUCAUGAGUAGGCCUUUUUGUGGGAACCCCGAAAUUAUGAAAUGACCUGGAGAGGUCUGCCUCAUACCUCCUCUGGUAACUUUUCAGUGUCAGGAAAGACCAUUCCUAUUUUCCCAGGCCUUUUAAACGUUUGCCUGUUUCAUUUCUAACAUGCUUAUGUGUGCAUUUUAAAAUUGUUGUCUUUGCUUUUAAAAGCUGAAUUAUUGUUCCUGCUUUAAAAAUACCUUUUAAGGUCUGGUAUUAUUGUUUUCUAUCAUUGCUACUAUCAUUUUAUAGUUUUAUUUUGAAUGUCACCUGGAAAGCUUUCUAUAGGGCAACUCAUAAUUCUGUUGUUUUUUGAUGAUGAUCAUUGCCCUUUGUUGACCCAAGCUAUUUAUAUGAAUUAGCCUUUUUUAAGUAGAACAUGGAUUAUCAGGGCCUAAAUAAAUUGUAUAUAAUUCUGUGUUUUUCUUAACAGUUCCUGAUGACCUUUCUGUAGAGGAGAAAGAAGAGCUUUUAAAUAUUCGUCGUAGAAAAAAAGAAUUAAUUGAUGAUAUCGAGCGGUUAAAAUUUGAAAUAGCAGAGGUAAUGACAGAAAUUGAUAACUUGACAAGCGUGGAAGAAAGCAAAUCCACACAGAGGAAUAAGCAAAUAGCAAUGGGAAGAAAAAAAUUCAACAUGGAUCCCAAGAAGGGAAUCCAGUUUCUCAUAGAAAAUGACCUCUUGCAGAAUACCCCUGAGGACAUUGCGCAGUUCCUUUAUAAAGGGGAAGGGCUAAAUAAAACAGUAAUUGGAGAUUAUCUCGGUGAAAGAGAUGACUUUAAUAUUAAAGUACUUCAGGCUUUUGUUGAACUCCAUGAGUUUGCUGAUCUUAAUCUUGUACAAGCCUUAAGGCAGUUCCUGUGGAGCUUCAGGCUUCCUGGAGAGGCUCAAAAAAUUGAUCGUAUGAUGGAAGCUUUUGCUUCACGUUAUUGCCUUUGUAAUCCUGGAGUCUUUCAGUCUACAGAUACAUGUUACGUACUAUCUUUUGCAAUCAUUAUGUUAAACACUAGUCUACACAACCAUAAUGUCAGAGACAAACCAACAGUGGAGCGGUUUAUAUCUAUGAAUCGAGGUAUUAACGAGGGUGGGGACCUCCCAGAAGAAUUGCUAAGGAAUUUAUAUGAAAGCAUUAAAAAUGAGCCCUUUAAAAUUCCAGAGGAUGAUGGGAAUGAUUUAACCCAUACAUUUUUCAACCCAGACCGAGAAGGUUGGCUGCUGAAAUUAGGAGGUGGAAGAGUGAAAACAUGGAAAAGGAGGUGGUUUAUAUUGACAGAUAAUUGCCUGUAUUAUUUUGAAUACACGACAGACAAAGAACCCAGAGGAAUUAUCCCUUUGGAAAACCUCAGCAUAAGAGAAGUUGAGGAUCCAAGAAAACCAAAUUGCUUUGAGCUGUAUAAUCCCAGCCACAAGGGGCAAGUCAUUAAAGCUUGUAAGACAGAAGCUGAUGGCAGAGUGGUGGAAGGCAACCACGUGGUUUACAGGAUAUCUGCCCCAACUCCUGAAGAAAAAGACGAGUGGAUCAAAUCGAUCAAAGCGAGUAUCAGCAAGGAUCCUUUUUACGACAUGCUGGCAACCAGGAAGAGAAGAAUCGCAAAUAAAAAAUAGCGCUAACAAGGGAUGCUUGUGGUUCUGCUUUAGCAGAAUGGUUAGUACAUCAUAAAACCAAGGUAAAGACAAGAAGAUUUGUAUUGGAAACGUAGUCUCCUGCCGCAUCUGUCCCUUCUUUACCCAUUGAGAAUAUCCCCUGAAAUACUGGAAGACACUUCAAGCACAUGGACUUGCAUGUGAACUGAAAGCUCGGAAGCCGAAUGUGCCGUUCUGAGUGUGGGCAGUAUUGUUGAGCCAGGAGACGGUGGUCUGUAGUCCUUCCCUCUCCUGUUUUUCCAGGACUUUGCCUAGUUUUGUGACCUGUUGUUGAAUCCAGCUUUCGCCACUAGCAGAUGACCGUUCCCUGCACACAAAGUCUUUUGGUCUUGAGUCAUCCAAACCUCAUCUUACCCUUUGUAAUGCAGAAACAUUUGCGCCUUGAUUAUUUUGUAUGCAACUCACAUCCAGUCUGUGUUGUCAUUUGUCUGUAUGAUUUAGGAACCUCUCUUUCAUAAACAGCUGAUGGUGCACUGAAAACAUGAAGCUCUCAAAGACGAAAGGUUAUAAGCAGGAGCUUUGGCAGUACCAAUGUAGCUUAUCUUUGGUUCUUAGACGACUUGGGCAUGUGCCGUUUCUUUUCUCCAGAUGUUAGCCUGAACGGUCUUUCCCAAAUCUGAGGUUUUUCCAGUAUCAUUUGCUGUCUUAUAUUUUUUGUAAAAUUGUGCUGCCAUUUAAUGCCACGUUAGUAAAUCACACAACCUGUUUACCAGCUUCUUCAUGCUCAUUUCUGUACAGUUUAGCUUUAAUGGUUCUCCUUAUUUAUUAUCCCAUAGGUAAAUCAAAAGAUCAUAUUUUGGGGGAGAGAGGAAAUAAAAAGAGAAGUCUGUGAAUCUCUGUCUGCAAGUUUAGUUACUGCAUAUUUUGCUAAUGGAAGAGGAGUGUGGCAGGAUUCAGACAUUCAAGUAUUUUUUUAGACUCCAUUUUGUAUAAUUACCUAAAUCAGUGUUAAGUUUUACAUUUUCCUUAAGGAAGAUAAGCUCUUAAAGAAGACCACCUGUAUGGCUGUGUUGUGGUUUAUGAAGCUGUGUAUCAGCAUCACGGCUGAGUGGUCUUCCACUUACCCCUUGUCCCCUCCGCUUGUUGCAGGCCAGCCUUGGCAUUGUUCAUGCAGCUUGUAUGAAGCCAAAAAUCCCCAUUAUGUCUGCCUGUUGGUUAUGCAAAUGAGGUCACCUCUCUCUGUGCAACUGCUGAACUUCCUUCCUCGUUUCUCUCUUUCUCCAGGGGGCUUUGUGGUCUUCUUUUUUUCGAGGGGCUUUCUGCAGCCUAUCCUCUUCUUCCCCAAUCCCUCAAGCUUUUGCUGCUUUCUGAGCAACAUGGUCUGUGUUUCCUUUUCUUUUCCAUCCAAAUUUGAGAUUUCAAGAUGCAAACUCUUCCUUUUGUGCAUGCGUAUGUGUAUCUGUUUGUGGCAACAUCUGUCAGAACACUUGGACAGAACUGGAUGAAGUUAUCCUGUGUUUUCUUAGUGAACUGAUUUCUCCGUGUCACUCAUUAUAUAGCCAGGGCAGCGCCACCUAUGAACAAGGCAGGGGUAUUAGAAGGCUUGAGAGAACCUCAAGGUUUGUGACAACAAACAAAAUAAACUUGCAGGGUCUACUUGAGUAGGUUUGUGGAACUGCAGAUGUCGCAUUUACCUCUUUCCAUAGCUGCAAGAUUUUGUUUACAGUAAGUAACAAAAUCCUACAUGUUUCUCUCCCACAUGCUCAAAAAACAGAUCAGCCUCUAUUCUGACAGGCCACUCUUGGGCUUCCAGACUCUCAGACAGAUCUCGCUCUAAAUGCCUUGUUUUAAGUGUCCUUUUCCUAUCACAAACAUCUCUACAGCCCAGCUGGCUCUUUUCAGCCUUCAUCCUCUCUAGUUCUGCACCCUCACCUCCUGUACGAUCGCUUCCCAUACAGUGGUGUAUCCUUGCUGUUGUGAUCUCUCCCCAGUAUCCCCCCAAGAUGACUUUGUUUGUAAGAUUGGACAAAGGGUGAGGGGAAAGGAGACAGAUCAAAAGCUAUAUAUUAGAGAGUAUGUUCAUAAAGCUAAAAAAACUUGUUUAUGACUAGGCUUUGCCUAUUGUUGUGGCCUCCUAAUUGAAAAGGUACAAUAAUGGCUCACAAGCCCAUCUGUUUUUCUAAUAAUCAUCCUGUUUAGAUGCAUUAUUACCGCUGUAUUACUGCUCUGGCAUAUACAAGGCUCUCUUCCUAGGCUGCUUUCCUCACUCCCCUCCUUUUUUCUGUAAGAUUUCCCCAUAUCUCCUUCCCUAAGGAAUUCUUCUGCUCCUAGCCAGCUGGAUUUAGAGCUGUACUUUCCACACCUAACCAUAGAGGGCUGCCUGCUUUUUUGAGCAGUAUGCUUAAAAAAGAGACUGGAACUGGGCAGCUAUAAGAUCCUCAUGUGAGGAGAACCUCAUCCAUUUUGGUCAGAAUUUCCAGAAUUUGGUCACCCUGGAAGUUCUGUGGGAUUUUGACGCAAAAUUCAGGGACAUUUAAACAUUAGAAGUAGCAUAAGUUUGAUCAGUAUUUUUAUCCAACGCUACACAUCUAACACAGGAGGCUGGGGAUUACAAAUGUAAACUAGGAAAUACUGCAGACAUUUCUAAUUCAGCGGAAGAAAAAUCCCCCUUUGGCAAAGAAUGUGUAAACCGAGGAUGAUGUUCUCUGUGCUUCCUGCUGAAACAGAGAAUAGGAGUAUUGGAUGUUUAUAAGGAGUAUUAGCAGGAAUCAAAGUAAGGCCAAAACUUCCAGUGGCCGUAAGGCCAGUAAAUAAACUAGCCAGUUGCAGGAACAGCUUGUGAAUGGUCAGGGACAGUUGAAGUAUUUAAGAAGACAAAUAAAUCCCCCCCCCCCCAUGCACUGCCUCUUCUCCCUUGGCCUUAGGAAGCAGAAGUUUUUGAAGUAGUGCCGGCUUGUUAUUCUGAGCCCACGUGCCACUUAGCAUACACACCCAUUCUACCAAAGGUCUUGUUUGGUGAAAAGCGGACAAUCCCUCUCUGUAUCUUCUUUCCCCUUAGUGAGAGUAGAGGGCAUUCGCACAAUGCGAUUUCUGCCCUAGUUGUUUUUUGCCCAAGAACUUUUCAAACCUUGUGGACUCUGGCUUCUGAGGGUCGGGGUGGGGUAGUUUUAAUAGCACUUUAAGCUCAGCUGGCCUGACAGGUGCUGAACCUAACAGAGAAGAUUUAGCUUGGAAAUGUCACUUAGUAUUUUGGAUGGCUUGAAGUGUGUGGUACAAAAUUUAGAACUUUAUAAACCAAGCAGCAUUUAAAAUACUUCAUAUUAAAAUUGCCUAUUUUUAAAGAAAAGCAGUACAUAUCUUUUCUAGAAAUGCUUGCUGGAAAAAGGGUCACAGGGAUCUGGUGGAGAUUAACACUGACUCCUUACAAUCAGGAUCUAAUCUCAGAAACCUCCUUCCUGACACAGUUCCACUCUUCCUUUCCCUGGUGCCAUAAACAUGCCUUAGCAUUACAUCAGUCUUGAUGCUGGCCGUGGUCAAGGCAGAGAAAACUUGUGUUGUUCCCAAGGUUGGUUACUGGGGUGCUAGAAACCAGUGUUACAUCUGCACUGGCCCUUAGACCAGAUGCUGUUAACUAACAUGUAGCCCGCUAAUUCUUUCUCUAUUUUCUUGGAGGAUGUUUCCUAAAUGUAAGGUAAAUGUAUAUACUGUACAUCUGUGUAUUAUUGAUUUUGGAAUUUCGUUAUUCUUGUAUGCCAAUGAAUUGCAUGCAAUAUUCUGUAUCUAUGUUACACAAAUAUCUACGGUGAUCUUGUAUGGCUCUUUUAAAUCCAUUGCAAGUAUUUCGUUAACAAAAGGCAUUUUGCAGAGAUUCAGUCUCAGAAAUAAAAAUAUGAAUUCCACCAAA